AUGACGGCUGGAGCUGACGAGCUGUUCACUCUGGACGUGGGAGUUGUCUUGCCGCUGUGGACCGUCGAGGGCCCUGGUGCGGGGACCGUCGAGGGCCCUGGUGCGGGGACCGUCGAGGGCCCGGGUGAGGGGACCGUGAUGCGCUGCGCCGGGCAGUGCGCCGCCAGUGACAUCAACAGGAUGUUUAAAGAGGAUGACGGCGACUCAUCAGAGGAUGAAGGUGACUCAUCAGAAGAUGAAGGAGAUUCAUCAGAGGAUGAAUGCGAUUCAUCAGAGGAUGAAUGCGACUUACUCUUGGACUUCCUGAUGGAGUCUGAAGGCGCACGCAGCGUGAGGCGGUCGUUGGGUUCCGAGUUGCUGGCGCCCGAGGCUGUGGCUGAACUCCUGCACGAGGUUGACAACUUCAACAAACUACAGCAUUCACAACCUGUCGAGAUGCGGGUUAAGGCCCAAAUGCUGUUCAAGCCGAACCCCCUGCAAGGCAGCGCCCCUGUAAACGGUCCCGUGGAGACCAAAGUGUGGGACCGCGUCAUCCACGUCAGGGACGGUCACGUGGUCCCUCUAGGGGCACGCGGCACCGUCAUAGGCCUGCAGCCAGCACCCCAGCCCUCCGACUUCCUUUACGACGUGGCUUUCGACGAAGCCUUCGCCGGGGGCUUGACACUAGCGGGCCCAGCGUCCGCCCACCGCUGCUACAGACUCCGCUGGUCUGCCUUCGUCAACCUCUCCACCGAACCUCCCCACCCGGAAGAGGCCAGACCACCGGUGCACAAGGCUCGACGGGGGAAUGUGGAGCCUGAUCCGGCAGUGCAGUGGGGCCAGCCUAAUGCAGGAGGGACUGUCCCUCACAGCUACUACUCCAGCCAUGGGGAAGACGUCUUGUGUGAAUGGAGGCGGGGGAGUGGCGACCGUGGGGAAGACGUCUCGGGUAAAUGGCGACAGAGGAGGGGCGACCGUGGGGAAAACGGCUUGGGUGAACGGAGACGGGGGACUGGCGGCCGUGGUGAAGACGGCUUGGCUAAAUGGCGACAGAGGAGCGGCGGCCGUGGGGAAGACGGCUUGGGUGAACGGAGAUCGUGGAAUAGCAGCCGUGGGGAUGACGUCUCGGGUGAAUGGCGACAAAGGAGUGGCGACCAUGAGGAAAACGGCUUGGGUGAACGGAGACGGGGGACUGGCGUCUGUGGUGUAGACGGCUUGGGUGAAUGGAUACGGGGGACUGGCGGCCGUGGUGAAGACGGCUUGGGUGGAUGGCGACAGAGGAGUGGCGGCCGUGGGGAAGACGGCUUGGGUGAAUGGAGACGGGGCACUGGGGGCCGUGGUGAAGACGGCUUGGGUGAAUGGAGACGGGGGAAUAGCGGUCGUGAGGAAAAUGUCUUGGGUGAACGGCGACAGUUUAAUAGCAGCCGUGGUGAAGAAAACUUGGGUGAACGGAGACGGAGGAGUGGCGGACGCGGUGAAGACGUCUUGGGUGAACGGAGACAAACGAAAAGCACUCGUACGGAUUGUAACGACUGGAGAAAGUCUGGUGUUAUAACCGGCAGUAAUGAAAAUUACGUCACAAACGACAACCGGCGUAACAAACAUGACGGCAACGGCGAUACAAACAUUUCGGCAACGGUGCUACAAACGACAGCUGGUGCCACAAACAUGACGGCAACAGCGCCACAAACAUGACGGCAACAGCGCCACAAACAUGACGGAAACCGGGGCCACGAUAAUGAUAAUAACUGCGCCACAAAGAAAAAAAAUUAACGAAAAAAUU